AUGAGAACCGUCGCGGGAUCAACUUAUAAUGUAAACAUGAAAACGAAAAGCUUUCUACUAUUUUCGACGUCAGUUUUUGCUAUAAGUUUAUUUUUAAUAAUAUUUCAUUCGCAACCGCCACAAUCAUUUCAGAGUAUUGUAACGCAAACCCAUCAACAUAUUAAGGAUUUUCAGGAGCAGCUGCGCGAUGUGGAGGAGCAGCAUUUGGUGCAGGAAGAGCGCUACUUACGACUGGUGGGUCUGGACGGCCACACGGACCUGUGGCACAACACCUCUGUCCCUGUCAUAGUGACACACACCCGUAAUGAGGAUCACGCUACUGUUAUUGAUUUCAUUCUAUCGGCCGCCCGCCUCCCAUACACUGUGCUUAUAUAUAAUUUAGGUCUUAAGCCCUAUUCUCUGGCUGUGAUAACUAACUACUGCAACUCAUCUAAAUGUGCGAUCAUUGACUUUGAUCUGGAACUGUUCCCUUCACAUGUCAGUGAUGAGAGCAUCACAGCAUAUCGGCCGCUAAUCAUUCAGCAUGCUCUGAGCCGAGUGGGAGGUGUGAUAUACUGUGAGCCCUCCCAGCGUUGGGCUGGUAGCGCCGCCGACCUGGCAGCACUGUGGGGACGAGUGACGAGCGCGGGGGAAGGCGCCCCCGGCUCCCUCGGCCUGCUGGCGUGGGCCCGGCGGGCGGCCGUCACGUCUCUGACUCACCCUCGCAUGUUCCACUACCUGCACGCGGACAUUGAUGACUUCCUCUUCGUCCAGAUGUUGGACGCUUCCCGCCUGCUGGUGGCGGCGCGGCCCGGCGUGGCGGACGUCAUGCGUCAAUGGAUUGAGUGUGCGCUCACGUCCGAUUGUAUCAUGCCCAUCGGCGCUCAGUCCGCCGGAUGUCGGUUCGACAAGAAGCCACAGUACCGAUAUUCGGGCUGCCACGGACAGGAUGCCUCCGCGCUCAGCAUCAUACUCGGCUCUCGUGCCGGAUAUGAGGAGGCGCGCUACGCAGCCCGGGAUGGGUCCCGCGUGUGGCGGCGCGGGGGACGAGGCGAGGCGACCAACGCCACCGACGGCCCGCCUUCAUCUGAAGCCCUCACCUCACGACCCGAGCGCGGCUAG